UCCGGCUGCGCGCCCUGCUGCGCCACGUCCUGCCCUCCUCGCUUGGUGCCGGGCGGGCCUGCGCCUCCUCGCCGCGCCCCACACCAUUUCCUACUUCAGCCCAAGUAACUACAGUGAAAUAUCCAAUUCAGUACCGUUACACCUUAGAUAACAAUGUUCUAAGCCCAGAGCAAAGGCAUUUCUAUGAGGAGAACGGCUAUCUCGUCAUAAAAAAUCUGGUCUCGGAUGAGGAUGUUGAACAUUUCAGAAAUGAGUUCGUGAAGAUCUGCAGAAAGGAAGUGAUCGUCCCUGGACUGGUGGUCAUGAGAGAUGUGUCAAUUGCCAAGUCCGAAUUCAUUCCAGAUCAAAAAGCAGUUUCAAAACUACAGGAUUUCCAGCAUCAUGAAGAGCUCUUCAGAUAUUGCACAUUGCCUCAGAUAUUGAAAUAUGUCGAAUGCUUCAUCGGACCAAACAUCAUGGCUAUGCACACCAUGUUGAUAAAUAAGCCUCCAGAUCCCGGAAAGAAGACCUCUCGCCAUCCAAUGCACCAGGAUUUGCACUAUUUCCCAUUCCGGCCAGCAGAUCGCAUUGUUUGUGCCUGGACUGCCAUGGAGAAGAUUGAUCGCAGAAAUGGAUGCCUGGUAGUUUUGCCAGGAAGUCAUAAGGGGUCUUUGAAACAGCACGAUUAUCCUGAGUGGGAGGGUGGUGUAAACAAGAUGUACCAUGGAGUGCGUGAUUAUGAUAAAACUAUUCCAAGGGUUCACCUUGCUAUGGAGAAAGGAGACACAGUGUUCUUCCAUCCCUUGCUAAUCCAUGGCUCUGGAAUGAACAAGACUGAAGGGUUUCGUAAGGCAAUUUCUUGUCAUUACGCAAGUUCUGACUGCCACUAUAUUGACGUGAAAGGUACAAUUCAAGAGAACAUUGAGAAAGAAGUUGUGGAAAUUGCAAGAACAAAGUAUGGUAUAGACUCGCCUCUUCCCCUGAAGGAUGUUUGGAUGUUGCGAAGUCGUCUUGUUAAAGGAGAGCGAAUAAAUCUAUAGAAUCUUAUCCAGAUGCCACAGACUUAAAAAAUGAUGUGCUGGCUUCCUGAACUGGGUGAAACCAUGAUCCUUUGGUUGGAUGUGUUCAGAAUUUUUCUUGCACUGAAUAUCUUUCAAUGACUAUGCAGUAAAACAGUUCUGAGGGAUGUUGAUAUUUGAUAAUGAUGCUUAGGUGAGGGACAUCUACUUGGACCCGCCUACUAUUCUGAGUAAACAAUAUUCUUAAGUUCAAGAAUAGUUUUAACUGUUUUAAUUGAUGCACUUCAUGAUCUACUUUAUCCGGUAUUGAAUGGCAGACAGCUGUAUGAUUCAACAAGGCACUGAAACAGCUGCCUUUAUGCAGUGAUUUAAUGUUCAAGCCAUAUCCUAUAUUCUUAGUAGCGUAGCAUUUUUCUCUCCAAACUGGGUGGCUGAAUGAACAAAAUGGCAAAUGCACUUCCAUGUAAGUUAAAGGAAUAUACUUUGCGGCAAAAAUAACUAAAUAAGAACUUCACGUAUGCUGGUAGACUUCUCCCUGGCAGUGACUAAUCAGGAAAGGGCUCUCCAUUUCCGAUUGCCCCAUCUUGAAAGGCUGUGGCAGAGUUGGAAGCAGUGUAGAAAAGGGCCCCCCCCCCCAAUGGCCAGAAGGCUGUCUUGUGUGUUCUCCUCUCACGUUCUCCUCUGAACAGAGCUUGGCUCAGCCUCCAACAGCACAUUGGGCCAGGCUUCCGCACCAGUGGAAUGCACCAAUGACAUACACAGGCUCUGCAUAGGGGCUACAUUUGCUACCUAAGCCGUACAAAGUGCAAACUAAAAGCUGUGUAUUAGACUGUCAAAAGCCUAUUCAGUCAGCUUCAUCAGUUUUUUAAAGAAAUGACCAGUGGAUUUAAUCUCAUUUGGAAAGUGCAAUGUUACCCAUGUGACAGACACAUAAUGUAAUGCAUACAGCACAACAUUUUAAAAAAUCAACUAAAAAGAGAUUCAACUGAAAUAGAAAAUUAAGAAAGACAAAUGACUAAA